CCUCCCGAACACCAACCUGUUCUUAAUCUCUGUGUUGACGCACAAAAGCUGAAGCCAUUUGCAGCCUGUAGAGUUUUUUUUAUUUUUAUUUGGGGACGCUCUUAUAUAUCCUGUCUUGCCUCGAGAAUCACCGAUGCACUCAAAAAUGGAUGCAACCGAAACAAAAUCAGAAACAUUUCCCCGAAAAAACAAACAAACAAACAAAGAAUCACAAAGAUGAAGUAGAGUUUGGGCUGCAUAAAACAAGCUCUAUUCCACUUGUGUAACUUCAGACGCAACCAGUGCUCCUCUAACUGGUUCUACUGGGAGAACACGGAGUGCCACAGGUGGAUCUUAUUGGUCAGCCGAAGCUUCUGUGCUGUCCAUAAAAACGCAGCACAGGAGCUCAGGAGCGGAGACCGAGCGUAAGGGCGCAGAGCAGCCGCGCCACGGAGCUCACAACACGGCCGUGUGUCCAGAGAAAACACCUGUCACUGCAGGACUACACGCAGAGGAGCGCAAAAAAAAAAAAGGACGCCACGCUCUGAAACAAGCUUAGGCUCCUGAGUGAAACCUGCUCCCUUGCUCCUGCCACUGUCUGGUGGAAAAAUGUGGGUUCUGGAUAAGAUCCGUGGCUCGGUGGAGACCAGUGUGCUGAGACAAGGAGACAACGGUGACAGAAAGGCUGCAACUGCGCCGUACAGCAACGUGCUCACUCCCGACAAGAUCCCAGACUUCUUCAUCCCCCCAAAGCUGGUCAGCUGCCCUCCAGAGCCCGAGACGCCGAGCAUCAAGCCCAAAGAGGGGCUGCAGCCGUCCACUUCUGAGCAAACCAUCAGCAGCAACAGGAAGAUCAGCAGUCCGAGGAGCCCUCGCCUGGUGGCCAAGAUCGCAGGAGAUACAAAGAACCUGCUGAGAGCAGCGAACCGCCACAUCAUCCAGAUAGAGAGUGCGGAUGACGUUGUGGCUGGGGACACCAAUGCAGACCCCCAGUCGCAGACUGCGAUGUCUCUGCCGUACGUUCCCAAGACUCAGACAUCUUAUGGCUUCGCAACCCUGAAGGAGAGCCCCCACACUCGACGCAAAGAGUCCCUGUUCCACUGCGAGCUGACCAGUCCCAUCACUUCUCCAAACACCCAGAGGAAGACUCCAGGGAAGGGCAGUGAGACAGGGAACCAUCUGACCCCCGCUGACUGCAACACCUCCCACAUGAACCCCUACCGGUACUUCAGUGGUGGAGAAAGUGACACCUGCUCUUCCGCUGAGUCCUCUCCCUUCAGCUCUCCGUUGCUGUCCCGCUCCGCAUCCCUCCUCAAGAUCUUCACGCAUGAGACGCAGGCCAAAGUGGUGAAAGCCAAGCGGACGCUGGCUCGCCACAGCUCCCUGUCAACAGACGAGUGCAGCUCGGCCGAGCCCAGCCCCAACAUCCAGCGGCGGCUCCGCGUCCCGUCCCUUCACGGCGCCGGAGGAGCGUCUGACCACGGCCUCCAGCGGGAGCACACCAUCAACCUGCACAAGGGCGGCACGGUGAGGAUCAGCGCCAACCACGACUCCGGCACGUCACGCCUGCUCAUCCGAGUCCUGGUGGCUGAGAGUCUGUACGACAAGCACGUCGACAUCAAAAGCAUCAAUUGCUGCGUGUCUGUGUACCUGAAUCCAGGCAAGCUGCAGAAGCAGAGGAGCAACAUCAUCAAGAACAGCCGCAACCCAGUCUUCAAUGAGGACUUCUUCUUUGACUCCAUCAGCUCUGUUCAGGUGAAGAACCUUUCUGUGAAGUUCAAGGUGGUGAACAAGGGCACCAGCCUGAAGAGGGACACGCUGCUGGGAGAGAGGGAGGUACCACUAGCAAAGUUGCUCUCAGGACUCUAAAACCACAGCAGAUGGAGCUUAAGUUGAUAACUUGGAAUUUUCAAAAAGCAGUUCUGAUAAAAGUUUACAAGCAGUUACCAUCUGACCUACUGUAGAUGACUCUUUAGGCAUCUUACUUUAGUUUAAAUCCAGAUCAGUCAGUCAUCGUGGCUGAAGCUGUUGCUAGUCUGAAAUUAGCGACCAAAGUGGAUUUCUACAGUCUUGAAACAACUCAGAUCUCAAAAACAGCACUGUGGUUUAUAAAAACUUGAUUUUAAUUACAGAGUUAUCUGUGAUUACUUACAUUUUACACAGGAAGUGGGGGCAGCGCGUCUGCAAUGAUCUUCCUGUGUGAAACAUAAGAAGAGAGAAAAACACAAAAAACUGAGAUCUAUUUCCUUAAUUUGCCUCGUUUUUCCAUCCCGUUAAAGCUCUGAGGUUCUGGUACAGUUUUGUGUGGGUCCUCUCCUGACCUACUUCUGUCAAAGCUGCUUCUGACCUGAAACAUGCUUGGCCCUGGUUAGACCAGCUGUUAGCUUCAGGCUCUGGGACCAACAAACUUGGGUUCAUAAUUAAUAAAGAUGCCAAGAGUUAUUUAUUGCAGGUAAGCUAUUAACCGCUUGUGACCUUUCCACAGAACCUCUUCUGACUGAAGCUGUACUUUGGUGUUUGCACUGUUUUCUCCAUCACUCAUUGACUUUAAGGAGGAAGAAUCUAUGAAGAAGAAAGGUAUUUACCAUAAGCUCAGAGAACGACCUCCCUGGUGUACACGAAGGAAGGAUUUACUUCACUUCUUCUCCUAAAAAUGGAUUCUCAUCGAACCAAACUGAACCCAACAGUACCAGAUGAAUGUGGCAGAUGAAAGCUCUCCAUUCUGAGCACGUCUCCCGGCCGAGUGUCCCGAGCCAGGCCCUGCUGGUUCAAAGGUUGGACGGCACCUGUGCGUCAAGCUGUCUCCUGUCCUCCAGCGCCAACGUCCUCGUCGUGGUUUUAUUAUUGUAAUGUGACUGAAAUCCGCGGCAGCGCAGGAUUUUUACAUCGCCUCCACCACCUGCGAGCACAGAGAUGCUUUUGAGAACGAGUGCGCGCUUUGAAGUGGCCCUAGAUCCUGAUGUGCAAAUGAUCCUUUGAUCUGCACGGGGAAGGCAAGGAGCGAAAAGAGUGCCCACAUUUACAUGCACAUCAAAAAUGGAAUUACAAUAUGAUUGAUUAAGCAAAGGACUGCAAUGAUCUGAUUAAACUUGAUUAAAACAUCAAAAUUAGAAAUGUUACACAACAACCAAUACCUGCUUCUUCAUCAGUACCGCACUGUCUCAGUUUUGCUCUCACAGACCAGAUCCAACCAAGGUUAAAGGCUUGCCUUGCUUCAGAAUAAUUAGUUUUCUCUCCAAAACUGAUUAUGCUAAUAUAGAGAUGCCUGUUUAAAAUCACAAAAUAGUUCUUGCUUUGGGGGCUCCCAAUAAAGUUUUAGUAGAAUAUAUUUUGACAAACUGAAAAUUCACUAUAUAAAAAUAUAUGAAGUAAAAUGCUGGCACCAGUAAUUCUAAAUCAAUUAAUGCCAGAUUAUUACAUAAAUGUGCAGUUAUUUUAUUUAUCUGAUUUUCAACAUUGUGAAAAGAAAUGAUAAAAAAACCCACUAAAUCUAAAUCGAUAUAAUAAAAAGUUGAUAAAGUAGAAGAUUCAAACAUCAAGGCAGACAGAAAUAAGUCAUGAAAAUACAAUCGAUUUUUCAGAUCUAUUGUGAAAUCUAUUGUCUAGAUCUCUGCAAGCAACAGAUCAUGCCUGGAUGCCUGAUGUCCAGGCUUCAGAUUACAUGCUGAAAAACAUGCCUACAUAUCAGAAGUUUAUGCUAAUAUGUAAACAGCAUUUCCUCAAAUAAGGUCGUUGUCAAACCAAAUGUCAUUUUCUGAGAUUAUGUGUUAGGACAGAUUUAGAAGGGUUUUGUGAUAAAUGUGUCUCUUUUGAUGCUGAGUUAGUGGAGAACUGGACAGGACUGUGGAAGAAAAACAAAGAGAGCCUGGAUUAAACUUGAAUAACAAUCUGUUUUGAGGAAUAAUAAUAUUAUUAAACCUUUGUAUAUUGGAUAGCAGAUAAGUUCAAAACUCUAAACAUUUCUGUAUGUAAAUAUAGUUUUAACUGCUGUCCCUUAAAAGGCUCAGUAUAAACUGUCUUUAAUUUUUUCUACAGUUAAAUAUUGUAAUUACAGAACUCUUUUAAACAAUAUUUCCCUACAUGAAACCCUAAGAAAGCAAGUGAUACAUGCCAGUGCAAAAAAAAUAAAAUAAAAUAAAAUAAAAAAUACACAACCACACACUUCUGGUGGGUCAGGAGACAUUUUUCAGAUUAAGGGUUGGCAAUACAAAAAAAAACAAAAAACUCUCAGUUUUACUGAAAUUUCCUGUAAAAGUAAAAAUGCUCUGAGUGAAACGUAGGAGAGGAUUUAUGCCCAAAAACAUCCCUGAACAAAUGUAUCCCAUUGUUUGAACUAUUGCAAUCUUGUAUCAAGGACAGUUGGCACAAUUUGACCCUAAAACAUAUUCUUGUUUAAAAGGUAAACAAAAAGGCCACCACUCAGGUAAAGUGCACUCUAGUGAUAUAAACGCUAGUUUAAAGGAAGAGGAACAAAUAUCAAACUGAUGCAUUUAUUCGAGAGCACAAAACAGCAACAGGAUCAGCAGCAAGAUGCAUCAUGAUCUUGCUGCUUCGGAGGAUUUCACUUGAGUUAAACUCCGUCUUGCAACUCCAAUGGUUUGUUCAAAUCCAGCACUAGAAUCAGAAACUAUUUUAUUCAGAUUCAAACAGCUUUUGGAAAUCGCCAAGGAAAAACAGAAACAAACAGUUGGACGCUCUGAUUAGGAUUUUUUAUGGUGUGGGUGAAGGUGGGUGAACAACAGACGAGUGUUUGCAGUAAUAAAUGUAACAUAUCUAUCUGUUUGAUGAAGCUUGUUUAACCACAUGAUUGAUUUCCCAGCUGCAGCUGCCCAGUGUGGCAACCUGAUUAAAUCUUGUGCAACCAAGCAACAGGCACUCACUAAAUUGGUACAUGACUAUCAUCAGUCUGACUGCUGAUAACUUAUUGGGCUCUCAUAUCAGCUUAAAUGCUCUUAAAUGGGCAAUUUUUCUCCACUUUAAUCAAGCCUAUUAAAUUAGCACAUGUUCGGUAAAACUUUGAACGCCGCCUAAGCACAUUUUGAGUGAUGUUGUUGGCAGGAGGACAAAAGACAAGUUCAUUAAACUCAUUAAACCGUGUAAAUGUUUUUUAAAAAGUCAGUCGUCGACGUAUGCAACCAGUCUUUAGCCGUAGUGCCUCUGUAUUAGCAGUGUGCAUGUUAAUGUGUUACUUUUUAAAAUAUAUGACAUUAGAGCAAUGGCGUCAGUGAGUACCAGCAGCAUGGUAUCAACAGGUCACUGGUGUUUGCAUGACAUGCUCAAAGUUUUCUGAAACCCUAAAGCCUUACUCUGUGUGUGUGUGUAUGUGUGUGUGUGUGUGAGAGAGAGGGAUGGUGAGAAUGAUUGAGCUGCAUGAUUUUGUCUAGAGUUGUUCACUUUCUAUGUAUAAAAUGGAGUAUUUUUUAUUUUUUUGUAAAAUGCUUUUGAAACUUGCCGUACGUUGGAUUUGUACUGUAUUUAUCUACUCACUGUAAACAGGAGUUACGUUUGUCGAAUGACUUAAUUAUGCACCAGCUAGCAAGUGCUGACGAGCAAAAUCAGAGUUUCAGCUUUAACGAAGCCCGUUGGUGAGGGAGAGAAAACAACAGGCGAUACUGACAGCAAAGCGGCACAGAAAGCAACAUGACUCUGUGCUCAGGCGUGAACGGCAGCCCGAUCCUUUUCUGUGGCUUCUGGAGGAAUUGCAAACCAUUGCAGCAGAGAGAGAAAACGAGUGAUGCUUCUGUUAAAGACUUUUCCUCUGCCCACCUGCAGCUCCCUGUUGAUGUGCUGUAUAUUACUUCGCUUACAGUGAUUAUGUUGGCCGUUCUCUGAUGGAGUAGAUUUGGUGAAAUGUUGUAAUCUCUGCUGCCUUCUUGUGUUGAGCUGCUCGUAGACUUGCUGUACUUUGGAUUCAAGCUCCCGGUAAAACCAAACUAUAUCUCUGAGGUUUCUUCUAGAAUGCCUGAACUUUCUCAGAUGUGGCUGUGUUCAAUUUUAGCAUUUUUUUAAAAAAAAUCGUGCUUUUGUAUACUGAGGUAAAACUUUGCUUCACUCAGAAUGAGUGAUUCUUAUAGUAAUGCACAUGAUAGCUGUGAUUUGCUGAUUGUUUGAUAGUGUCUUUCUUUUAAAGCUGUACAGUAGUGCUCUGACACUUUUUAGUCCCUGUUUUCCGAACAAACUAUUGCUAUUAAUGGUCCAUUGUACAUGAAAACUACUUUAAAAGAAAAAUGAAAGUUUAGCUUUUAUUUUAUAGGCAAUUGAAAGUGUAAGCCUCAAAAUAGAUAAAACAUUUAUUGCACAAGCACAGUCUCAAACAGAAAUAUGUUGAAAAAUCCAAACUUUAACUUGGCGAUGCUUACUCAAUAAUGAAAACAAUGUGUUAGUGAAUAAUUGAUCUCUUCAAAAAUGUUCAUAAUUGUUAAUGUACACUUCAGUUAAUAAGCCUUUUAUUUACUUUUAAUCAGCCUUUUAUUUAAUCAGACUUUUGUGACUUUCAAAUUUCCUGUAAUAUUAAAAUGACUUGAAACAGGGGCCUGUUUCUUUAAGACACUCCUCAAAAUGGGAAAGACAAGAGAGCAUGCCAUUUUUAAACUAAACUUCUUAACUUUAAUACAUGAUCAAUUUUAGGCUACUUUUUGAAUAUUUUAUUUUGCCACCUAUUUUUACUGAUAAUGGUUCUGACCCUGAUUGAACACAUUGACUCCUGUGAAACAUUUGUAAAUUAUGAUCUUUAAUAAUCACAAUUUCGGUACGAGUGAUCUCAUGUUGGACACACAUGUUGACAGAUAUUCACGCAAUUUUUUUCCACAAUAAUACAGAUUGGGAAACUGAAAUACCAAGGUCCAAUGCUACUUGACUCGUUAUUGGCUGGUGUUUUCAAAGCAGCCAAUCCUCGAGUGCCAUUCAUUUUCCUUAUUUCCAGAAAGAAGGAAGACUAUAGAUUUUAGCUUUUCUGGAAAAAAGACAGUUUUGACUGAAAUUGGCAAAUAUGAGUGUUUUUAGAGGAUUGAGGUAUUUGAACAUUUUAAAGUUCGUAGAGACUGUGGUCCCAAACUCCUGUGAAUGCCUGGGGUCCACAUACCUAGGAGCAAGCAAAAAAUACGCAAUCGAAAAAACUUUCAAAUCCUCAGACUGGUACAAAUUGGUGCCUGGCAGGAGGAAAGAGUCCAGGCUUCUUUUUGAGAAAACCUCAGUUUUUAAAUGUUGACAUGACCAGCAAACAAGGCCCUUCGCUGCCUUUGCAGAGACAAUUAAGUUACAAUGUCAAACACCUAUUUAGCUUUUUAAAGAAAGUAAAAACUGAUUGGAUUAUCUUUUGCCAACUUUUUAUCUUUUACAACAAGUUAGCGCCACGGUCUUGAUGAAUAUCAGACACAGUGAAAGCAAAGCAAAAGUUGCAGUUUUAAAUCUCACUGAGUUUUGAAACAAAAAUAACAUUGUGUCCUUCCAUGAUUACAUUGUUCUGCACCAGAGGUAACUGUAGGACAUGCAGAAAACUCUCAGGCAACACGGAGGGUUUGAGUCACGAGUCAGUGAUAAAGUUGUCAAAGGGUGGUGUUGAAAUAAACCUGAAGAACCACAGGUUAGUUCUCCACUCAGUUUCCCCUCAGUCAGCAGAGUUCACAGCUCUUCUGUCUGAGUCCCUUCUGCAACUUUAUUUAAUUUUUUUAUUAUUUGGUGUUCUUUGGUUUGUACUUUCUGCUUAUUUUAAGCACCAAAAAAUUUUGUAUUAAGGAACCUGGAAAACAAAAACUGCUUUAAACUCAAACCGGAAUCUACAGAGGAAUUAUCAGCAUUAACUUUCCUUAAUGGCCAUCCUGCUGCUGUGGUUCAACUCUGUCCACUCAACAGAUUUCUAAUUAGAUAAAGGCCAAAGAGGCUCUACUGAUGGCAAUUUAAAUAAGAAACCCAUCAAUAUCCAUAUAUGUGUGUUAUACUGACGGUGACUUUGUUUCCUUUUGGCUUGUUGAGAUUUUGUUUUUAAUGAAAAUGUAAAUGUGCUGAUGUUUUUACUUUUUUUUCCCUGUCUCGAGAAGUUUGCUCUGACAGAUGAAGCUGAAAAAGUGCCAAUCCUAUACUUGACUCUUGAUCCUUAACUUUUCUUUAAACGUAGACCAGUUGCGUAGUAGUUACUGUUGUGUUUCUGAUCUGUGUGGUUUGAUUACAUUCACACUGUGAUGUUAUGACAACUGACAGCUGUUCUCUGUGUGUGUGUGUUAAUGGGUUGGAGAUGCUUUCAAUAAAACGUCACUGCAAUCACUGGUAA